AUGGCGAAGCCGCAGCAGGAGGUGUACUUCGUGUUCAUGAACUUCGACCCUGUCUACGAGCGCCUGAGGGCCGAUCGGACGAAGCAGGGGUCAGCGACGCUGGACGCGUACCUGAGCCAGAAGCACGACAAGCUCCUCGCCAAGCUCCUCCAGCCCGACACCUAUUGGAAGAAGUCCUCGCUGGCCAUCGUCGACGGAUUUGCCGUCGAGAUCACCGACGCUCAGGUCACCGCCCGGCCUAUAACCUCACAUGCAUGGAUGUACAUGGAUCCAUCAUAUGUACUGUACAUGAAACUUCUCUUACACCCCUGA